UAUCGUCAUUAAAAAUCUCACCUUUUUCUUUCGCUCUAUCCUCCUCUCAAAGCAGAGAUGAUGACGACUCUCAACGUUUAUUCUCCCCUCCCAACCAAAUCGUUCCUCCCUCACCGCCCCCCUCCUCGCCGUCUGAUCUCUUUCUCCCCCGUCUUCGCCGUCCACUCAACCGACCCCGAGAAAUCUCCAGGCCGUCCGGCUAAAUGGAGCGUAGACAGCUGGAAAUCGAUGAAGGCCUUGCAAUUGCCGGAGUAUCCGGAUCAGAAGGAUCUCGACUCUGUUCUGAAGACGCUUUCCUCUUACCCUCCCAUCGUCUUCGCUGGAGAGGCGAGGAAGCUCGAGGAGAAGCUUGGUCAAGCCGCUAUGGGUCAAGCCUUUAUGCUCCAGGGAGGUGAUUGCGCUGAGAGUUUCAAGGAGUUCAACGCUGAUAACAUUAGGGAUACCUUUAGGGUUCUUCUUCAGAUGGGCGUUGUUCUCAUGUUCGGUGGUCAGAUGCCUGUUAUAAAGGUGGGGAGAAUGGCGGGUCAGUUUGCGAAGCCGAGAUCAGACCCGUUCGAGGAGAAAAAUGGUGUGAAGCUGCCUAGUUACAGAGGAGAUAACAUAAACGGAGAUGCUUUCGAUGAGAAAUCUAGGAUUCCUGAUCCUCAUAGGAUGGUCAGAGCGUAUACACAAUCUGUGGGUACCUUGAAUCUCCUGAGAGCAUUUGCUACUGGUGGUUAUGCAGCAAUGGAGAGAGUUAGCGAAUGGAAUCUUGAUUUCAGCCAACACAGUGAACAGGGCGACAGGUACCGUGAAUUGGCUAAUAGAGUUGAUGAGGCUUUAGGAUUCAUGGACGCAGCUGGACUUACCAAUGCACACCCGAUCAUGACCACUACUGAGUUUUGGACGUCUCACGAGUGUUUGCUCCUGCCUUAUGAGCAAGUGCUCACAAGAGAAGACUCAACGUCUGGGCUUUACUAUGACUGCUCUGCUCACAUGGUUUGGGUUGGGGAACGAACUCGCCAACUCGACGGUGCUCAUGUUGAGUUCUUGAGGGGAAUCGCUAACCCCCUUGGAAUCAAGGCGAGUGAUAAGAUGGUUCCUAGUGAACUGGUGGAGCUGAUAGAGAUACUAAACCCACAGAACAAGCCUGGAAGGAUCACAGUUAUAGUGAGAAUGGGAGCUGAGAAUAUGAGGGUGAAGCUUCCUCAUUUGAUCAGAGCAGUACGUGGAGCCGGUCAGAUUGUGACUUGGGUUAGUGAUCCAAUGCACGGCAACACCAUCAUGGCUCCAAGUGGGCUUAAAACUCGUUCUUUCGAUGCAAUCAGGGCCGAGUUGAGAGCCUUCUUCGACGUGCAUGAUCAAGAAGGAAGCUUCCCUGGUGGGGUCCACCUAGAGAUGACGGGUCAGAACGUGACGGAAUGCGUUGGAGGGUCGCGCACCAUCACUUACAACGAUCUAAGCUCGCGUUACCACACUCACUGUGACCCGAGGCUCAACGCUUCUCAGUCCCUGGAGCUUGCCUUCGUCAUCGCUGAGCGUCUGCGUAAGAGAAGACUCAGUUCAGGGAGCCUUCUGUCGUCUAUUGGAUUAUAGAGGACACAAGAGGACAAUGCCCUUUAUCCUAAUUAUGAUAUGAUGAUGUGUAUAGAGUGGCUCUGUUAAGUUUGGCUUGUGGACUAGUGAAGUAAAACACUUGGUUUUUUUUUUUUUUUUUUUUUUUUUUUUGUGUUUGGUUAUGCUUUUGUGUUUGGUUAUGCUUUGAUAAACCGGUUGGUAAAUCAGUUAAAGUUUCAGAGUUUUUUUUU